AUGGCACGGUUUGCGCAUGAGAACUCAGUAUAUGCACGAGAAAACAGAUUCCUGCAAGAAAUUGUUGAGUAUCACCAGCUCACUAUGCAGGAUGUCAUAUACGUAGACGAAGGCAUCGAAGAGGUCACCGAGGUGUACCCUACACAAGUACUACCUCGCACUGUGAGUCUCGCAGCCACUCCAGCUACACCAAAAUCUGCUCCGACGACGUCAACAUCCGUCGUUGUACCAGAAUCUUGCCCUGUCGUACAAGCUUCUCCAAAUAUGCUUUCGCGGUCAUCUCUGAGCAAUAGAGCAAAGCCCCCGCCUCCAACCUUCACAGAAGAGUAA